AUGUGCUACAAGUAUGCGGUGCUUAUGUUCAACAGCACAGGAGCAUCCCCACCCCCACUUCAAGCCAUGUUGAGAUCCUACACCUCUGUUGUAAGUACUCGAGUACCAGAACCCCACACAGGAUGUGUUAUUGGGAGCAACAUAGUUUUAACAGUGUUCAGUUAGGAACCGUAUCCCCUAUUAUGCAGCCAGAGACUGCAAACCUCCUUGGCUGUUAGAGACUGUGCAUAUCAAUGCUUGUUCUGGACUUUUCUGGGGGGAAAGGGGGGGAUUAUAGAUUGUCUGGUUUAAGUGAUGAACAGAGAUUAUGCGUUUGGCCACAAAAGCAGAAUCCUUAGGAUGAUUGAUACUGCCAGAAGCAGAAGUGCAUGGUGGGACGGGAAGGGAAGUUUCCUUCCCUGUCUAUAAGGAACCAGUGGCGAAGCUGCAUGCUCCGGGGGCGGAGAGCAGGUAGGGGCGUGGCAUGCGUGUGUCUCAGGGGGCGUGGCAUGCCGCCCGCGGGAGUGUGGCGCAUGUCCCGCAGGGGCGUGGCAUCCGGUGCGGUGGUGGGGUGCGUGGCGCGUGUCCAGAGCGCCUCCCCGAUGGUGCCGGGGGCAAUGCGCUCCCCCCCGCCCUCCCUUUCCUUCACUAGUGUAAGGAACAACAUUGAAUGUUGGAGACUUUUGGAAGGAAAUAACAGAAGGAAGAAAGCUUAGGAGGAAAUGGUACUAAGGCUGCAAGAUCACCGCAUUCUCAAAUGCUGCAAUCAGACAUCAAGGGAGUCUCUCUUCAAGUUGAGCCAGCAGUUGCUAUGACAUAGUUGGUCCCUACUAUAAUAGGAAGCACUUACCUGAGGCGCAGACUCCAGAUGGGCCAUCAUCUCCCUAUUAGCGUGCUAUUUAAAAAAAGAAAAGAGAGAGAAAAAAAGCUCCCAUUACAGGUGUAUAAUUCCCCUUUCCUGCUUCCCUUCUGGUGCAAAAAUACCUGUGAAGAGUGUUAAACAGUUUCUGAUUCUUAUAUUGCAAGAAUGUGGAUUAGCAAGAAGGCAAAAUCUGAUAAACAUUUUUUCCCCCUUGGAUAAACACAGUUAAGGGAACAUCUUAGCUGUAUUGCAGGUUGGAAUUUUGGGAUAUGGUGAUUCAUAGUGUAAUCCUGUGCCUGUUGCUUGGAGGUAAAUCCAGGCAACUGCCAUAGGAGUGCAGUCUUAGGCUGCAAUCCUAACCCUGCUUACCUGGGAGUAAGCCCCACUUCUCACUAGUCCUGGUUAGGGCUGUGCUGUGAAUCAUCUAUAGCUGUACUAAAGAAACCAGAAAAAAGGACUGAAAGUCAUGAAAGUGGUGACGGGAAAUAUUAAGCUGAAGAGUAUAUUUUACCUGAAUCAUUUAUUGGAAGAGUCAAAAUAUCGAUCUGAUUAGUAAAAUUGUGAAAAGCCCCAUUUGGAUUUUUUUGUUUCUUCUUUGAACUAAUAUAACCAACCAGCAACCUAAUAUUUUAGAGUAAUAGCAGUUAUGUUACAACAGCGACCUCUGCUGGCUACCUACACAUGUUUUUAUCUGCAAUCUUCUGCUACUGCAGGAUGAAAUUAAUGCUGGCUGUUGACAUUUUGAUUUUGUAGGGCUGCAAUUUGUAACUUUGCUGUACAACACUUAAUUAAGAAAGUGUGCCAUUCCACACGUGCAGAGUGCCAGGGUCUCCUUACUAAAAGACAUCAAUUAUCAUGUGCACAUCGAUGGGCAGGAAAGAGCUUCCAUGUAAGAGGGUCCAAAAAUGCUUUUCAGACAAGACUGACUCUAUUUCUUUUUAGAAAUUAAGUCAUGCCUCAUGACAUACAUUUCUAAAUUCAUAUACUGUUUAUACAUAAACGAUUGCCAAAAACACACACCCUUAAACACAAUCAAGCUCUUAAAAUGUGAGGAACACUUGCUUUUAGUUGCAUGCGGUUUUCCUCCCCUGAAACACCAAUCUAACUUUUCAUUAUCCAAAAACACCUUCCCCUUCUCAAUUAAAAGCACAAAGUAUUCCAACCAAUAGACAAAAAAUGAGGAUAUAUCAGAGCCUAGUAGAACACGCUUGCAAUUCAGGGCUCAGUCCUGAAAACGUGAUCGUCACUGUUCAUGUGUACAGUACAUCGUGCCAGUUAUGCCUGGAUUUAAGGAUUGUAUCUUCCAGGCCAGGCUUGGGGAAGGAUGGGGAGUCAAAUCAGUGUGAUAUCCAGACAGGCCUAGAUCAAAAACUUUUAGCCUGCAAGAUGUACAUCUUGUGAUGUUCAAACUCCAGAAAGGAUGGUUGCAUAUAGAUUUUUCACUCAAAAAAUUCAGAUACAUAUUCUCUCUCUCUCUCUCUACUUGGAGAUGCCAAGGAUUGACUCUGCAUGCAGGACAAUGCUCUUUUACUGAGCUACAGCCCUUCCCUCGGAGCACAGCCAUGUUUUAUCCUUUCCACCCAGCCUUCCCCUGCUGUUUUAACCUCUCAGCGUGGCUUGUGGCAUUUGUCUAUGCUACAGUACCUGGGUGUAUGGGGAGAGCAAAGAGUAAGGUUACUGUAACUUCCGUCAUAAAGCUUCAGUAUGCUGAUGACAACGUAGUGUGUGCACGCUCAGAGGAUGACCUUCAAACCAUCCUAAAUAUCUUCAUAGAAGCUCAUGAAAAGCUUGGCCUAUCGCUCAACAUCCAAAAAACCAAAUUGAUGCACCAACAAGUACAAAAUAACCCCUCUGCAGCGCCACAAAUCCAAUUUAAUGGUGUAACAUUGGAGAAUGUUGAUCACUUCUCCUACCUGGGCAGUUAUCUUUCCACAAGGGUUGACAUUGAUGCCAAAAUCCAGCACCGCUCGAGCUCUGCGAGUGUGGCUUUCUCCCAAAUGAAGUACAGAAUGUUUGAGGACCGGGACAUUCGCAGGGAAAACAAAUUGCUUUUUUUACAAAGCUAUUGUACUGCCAACCUUACUGUAUGCUUGUGAAACAUGGACUACUUAUAAACGCCAUCUCCAACUCCUUGAAAGAUUCCAUCAACGGUGUCUCCGAUAAUUUUUACACCUUCUUUCAUAUGAUGGAAGACACUCACUUGGGAAGACAGGCGAACUAAUACCAGUGUACUGGAAGAAGCAAAGAUCACCACUGUUGAAGCAAUGAUUCUUCAACAUCAACUUUGUUGGACUGGUCAUGUUGUGCCGAUGCCUGAUUAUCGUCUUCCAAAGCAACUACUCUAUUCCGAAGGUGUCAUGGGCUUUGAAGACACUCGAGGAAGGCACGCUUGGCAAAUCCACACCGUGAUCAACUCCCGCCUGGAAACCAAGGUCCCCACUGUGGAAGGAUGUGUGGAUCUAGAAUUGGCCCCCACAGUAACUUACGGACUCCUUGUUAAAACCGUGUUUAUGGAAGACAAUCUUACUCGGCAACGAGUGAUCACCAAAGAAGAAGUAUGGGGAGAGGUGGGGAAAUAAAGGCGCGGACCCCACCCUGCAGCCACAAGCUCUCUGUCACCAGGUCAGCGCAAGGUUCGUGCCCUUGCGCUUCCAGUCUGUGGUCAAUGAAAUAAGAACCGGGGCAACACCAGCUGUGUGGGAGCCAAGUGAUAAGCAGAAAAGGGUGCAGCAGACAGGAAAAGAUUGCCUCAUUCUAGUUCAGACAUGCCUGCCUCUCUCGUCAGGACCAGCUGCAAGUCACGAAGACAGGAAGGGCCCUGCUGAGUCAGAUCGAAGGUGCCCACAUUCUGCCAGCAACAGCAGCCAGCUAUAAAUGACUCCAGAAAGCUUUCAAAGACAGGCCAGUGAGAUGCCUCAAAUUCCAAUGGGGCCUCGAAUCUAGACUCUUGUUAAUUUUUUGGCAUUUGAUAAGCCUCACAACUUCUUUUUAUGCUUAUUCAGAUGUAGGGCAGUGCGAAUGACUCCCACCCCCCACCCCCGGUGCUGAGCUGAGGGGGAACAAAAUAACAGCAGCAACAACAACAUUAAUAAUACAACACCUAUAUGUCUACAGGUGCCUUCUGAUAAAAAAGCAACUGUACCAAAAUGAAUUAUUGCGAAAAUAAGAAGUAUUUGGGGUGCGGCACCAAAGGUUGUCCUCGCUCAGGGCGCCAUAUUACCCAAGUCCCCACCUGGGUUAUCAGAGCAAAAUGUGACAUACUCUCAGCUUAGAGCACAAGUUAAAGCAAAUGAGGAACUGAUUUGGUAAAAGCAGCGCUUUUUUUCUAAAAAAAAUGUUUAGGGGUACUCUCAUUUUGACUCAAGAAAAUCACCAUUUUACAGUUCAAAUCGGGGAAAAUAAAUACAGUAAAUGGACAAAAGUACAAAGAUUCACAAAAUGUUUAGGGGUAUGCAGACCCCAGGAAAAAAGCACUGGGUAAAAGACAUGGUUUUUGUUAACCAGUAUAGAUUUUGUCAUAUCAGACUUAAAAACUUUAAUAAUAACUAGAGGCUGCCACCCCUGCUUGUGUUGCUCACUAAUCCACCACUUGCCAACCCGCACCCCUCCCCCCACCCCAACCCCUAUCCACUCACAGCCCCUUCAAGCUCCCCAUAUUCUCACAGCUCUUCUGUGUCCCACCCCCCUGGUUUAUUCAAACCCCUGCUCUUGUUUAAAACCACCAUUUUGAAACUUGCCUUCUCUUUUGCUUCUCUUGCCCAUGCUGACUUCAUGAAAACCCAAGAUUGCGCUGAGACAAAUCUUCCAAUGGAGGACUGGAUGGUGACAGCCUUAACUUUUUAUGUAUAUAGGAGGAAAUAUAGCUAUUAGACCAUGGUGAAGAUAUGCUCUCAGAUCAGCUGAUUUUAUCAUAAACAAACCACUCGCUCUCUUUUCGGCGCCUUAUUUUGUUUCAGUGUUCUGUCAUUUUAAAAUUUAAAUCAUGGCUGGGCGUGCAAAAGCUGGAAGUGGCCCCGGCUCUUCUGGACCCUUGAGAAGGGCAAACAGGGAGUUAAUGUGCCAGCUUUCUCCCCUGUUCUCUGCCCUCAACAGCAGGUAUUCAGUGAUAUGCUGCCUCUGGGCUUGUGAGUUCCCACGGCUCAUAGUUAUGGAUUGAGUUAUUCUAUAGGAAUGUCUUUAAUUGCAUCCAUAUGCAAUACCCACUUGACAUUCCCAGCCUCACCUAAAGUUGCUGGGGAUUGAAACUGGGACCUUCCGCAUGCAAACCUACCUCGCUGGGUUGUUGUGAGGAUAAAAAGAAGGGGAGAAUGGUGAGUGGCAUCCUGAGCUCUUUGAGGGUGGGACAGAAAUGCAUUAAGGCAGAGUCCACCACCUUCAAAGGGAGUCUGUUCCACUGCUGAACAGCUCUUACAGUCAGAAAGUUAUUCCUGAAGCUUAGUCAGAAUCUCCUUUCUCGUAACUUGGAUCCAUUGGUUUGGGUGCUACUCUCCAGAGCAGAAAACAAGGUUGCGCCAUCUUCCAUGUGACAGGCCUUUAGAUAUUUGAAGAUAGCUGUCAUACCUCCUCUCAGCCACUCUUUUCCAGGCAAGACUUACCCAGCUCCUUCAACCAUUCCUCAUGAGGCUUUGUUUCCAGAUCCUUGAUCAUCUUGGUCGCUCCCCUCUGCACACAUCCCAACUAGUCAAUUUGUUGUUGUUGUUUAGUCGUGUCCGACUCUUCGUGACCCCAUGGACCAGAGCACGCCAGGCACUUCUGUCUUCCACUGCCUCCUGCAGUUUGAUCAAACUCAUGCUGGUAGCUUCGAGAACACUAUCCAACCAUCUCGUCCUCUGUCGUCCCCUUCUGCUUGUGCCCUCCAUCUUUCCCAACAUCAGGGUCUUUUCCAGGGAGUCUUGUCUUCUCAUGAGGUGGCCAAAGUAUUGGAGCCUCAGCUUCAGGAUCUGUCCUUCCAGUGAGCACUCAGGGCUGAUUUCCUUAAGAAUGGAGAGGUUUGUUCUUCUUGCAGUCCAUGGGACUCUCCAGCACCAUAAUUCAAAAGCAUCAGUUCUUCGGCGAUCAGCCCAAUAUCCUUAUUAAAUUGUGCCACCAGGAACUGGGCACAGAGAGGACUUAGAAAUCUCUGACUCUGCCAGGUGGUGAUACUCUUAGCUCAACCUUUGUCAACCUUGGCUCCCCAGAUGUUAUGGGACUACAACUCUCACCAACCCUAGCAAGCAGGGGGACCAGUGGUCAGGGAUGAAGGGACUUGUAGUUGAAGGGACAAAACCUGGCCCCCCAAGGUUGAGCUUAUAAUGCCUGGCCAUGCAUUUUUAUACACCCCCACCAUAGAAACUAACUCUUAGGGGUCGAGUGGUCUUUGCCCUCCCAUAAAAUAUUUAACGGGGUUGCCCCCUCCCCAGUUGACGAACACUGCCAAUCAAAUAGUGUGAAUACACAGCAUCAUGUGAUCGAUUAUGCUGGGCGGGGCUUACCUGCCCCCUCAAUAUUUUAUUCAAAUUGCCACCCCUGACACCCCCCCCCCCCCGCAGAAAGAGGGACGCGCGACGCCUUGCUCUCAAGGGGCUUCUCCGCGCAAGGCUGCGACCAGGCUCUCCAAAACGCAGCGCGGCUCGACGGAUGUUAUGCCGCGCGCAGGAAGGGAGAGGAAGCUCGCUGUCCCCGGCCUCGCACUUCGCGAGGGAAAGAGAGAGAGAAAGAAAGGAAAGAAACGUCGGUGGGGGAGGGCGCGCCGGGUUGUAAAACAGGCGUGGCCAGGCGAGAUUUCCUGUUCUGCCCAAGAACAGGCAGAGCGCAACGAGGGCAGCCCCGACGCCCACCUCGCUCCUCUCCAAGCUCGCUUUCCUUGGGCGGCAUUCAGGCGGACUCAUGGAACGCUUAAAGCACGAAAGGAGCUGAAUUUGUCUCUUCCUCGAAGGCACUUCGGGGUUCUCCCCCCACAACUUGGUGGAAACUUGCCAGGCUCCCUGCUACUUGGUAAGUUCGGUUUCCUGUGCGCUCCUGAGCUUCGCGCUCGCCUCUGCUGCCCGACCCGGUUGUUGUUGCUAGAACUUUAACUGCUGGUUUUCUCUCUCGACCCUGUUGUCUUUCGCUUUGUUGCUCUCCGCUCCAAGGCUCCUCUUGCGCGAGCCUUGCCCACUGGGAUCGAGUUGCUCGCAGAACGUGGACAAAUAUAUAUAUUUACAUAUAUCCCCCCCCCUUGGUGAGCUGCAGGGCCUUUCAGGAAACGGGGAGGGCUUUCAGAAGGCCCAUAGCAAGUUCAGCUUGGGCAGAGAGUUUUCCGCUUUCGAGUUCCGAAAGCAACCAAAACCAGAAUUUUGUGUAUUGUUGUCUCGGUUUUGGGAGCUGGGUCGUUUCUCUUCCCCACCUUUAUUUAACUCGAUUUCGGGUGAAAGCAUCUAAAAACAAUCGGCCCCUUAGUUUCACAUGGCUGCUUGGCUGCUCCUGUUUUUAAAAACAAGACUGAAACUCAAGGGUUGAUGAACUUAAAGUGCUUUUCCUGUUGAACGUACACAUCUUUUCCCUGACAUAUUAAUAAACUAUCCUAUUUAUCAGAGGUUUGUUUCUUUCAUUCUCCAUUGGGGAAGGCAGAUGAGUGUGUGUGUGUGUGUUUUUUAAAGUUUCCCUCCUUUGAAAUAUUUAAAUCGGCAGACUUGGGGAAGAGGAGCUUUAACUUGUAUUGAGAGGUAUUCCCCCCUCCUCCCAUGAAAACUGAAUUCAGUUCUGCUGAACAUUUUCCUGAGAGCAAUUUCCUGGCUUCCCAUUGAGUGUUUGCGUAGCUCAUUUGACAGGAAAAUUAUGACUUAUUUGCCACUCCCUGUCUCAUCCCUUUGGCUUUCUGAACUACUUAGUUGCUUGUUUUCAGGUGAAAAGUUUAGAUAAGUGACGCUAUAUUUUUUCCUGAUAAAACUAGUAGUAAACUAACAGUAUACUAGUGGUGAGACAUUUUGCAUCCGAUAAAUGGGGGUUCAUAGAAUCAUAUAAUUGUAGACUUAGAAAGGGACAUUUAGUCUAACCCCCUGGAAAGCAGGAAUCUCAAAAUGUGGUCCUCCACUCAAUUUGAAACCGUACUGCUUAGCUUUGCAAAUGUGCUAACAUUUUUGUUGUCGUUCAUAGGAUGAUGGCAAGUUAGUAGGCUCAAAACUAAACCAUCCAGCUGAAUAACUCCUACUGCUGAAUUUAUUAUCUGUCUUCAGCUAACUGCAUGCCGGCCCUACUGUUAGGCAGGGUGGAGUACAUUGGCAGGAUGGAAAGAAAAGGUGUGCGUUUCAUGCGGCCUGCCCUCCUGUGCAGCAGAGGAUGCUGCCCUGUUGUCCGUGGUGAAGAAAGAAUUGGUUAGCUUCUUGGGCCCUGUCUGAACUUUACAUUUAAAGCAGGAUCAUAUCACUUUAACAGACAUGGGUUCACCCAAAGAAUUGGGGGGGGGGAGUGUAGUUUGUUAAAGGUGCUGAGAGUUGCCCCUAUUUCCUUUAAAGAGCUACAAUUUGCAGAGUUCCCUGGGAAGAGGGAUUUAGUGUUAAACCACUCUUCGAGUUGGAACUCUUUUGAGGGGAUUAGGGACUUACAAAGGGAAACUUGCAGACUUACAGAGAAUAACUUCUUGCAUGUAGAAAGCUAUCUUCUUCCACAUUGUGCUCACUCAGUUUGGUUGUUCCUGUGGAUACGCUGGGUCCUUGGAAAAGCCCUUGCUGGGCAGGGUAUCCUUGGGAGGCCGGAAAAUGGGACUGUGGGUAACCUGAAUUUCUUGGGUGCGCUGUGCAAAGUGAGAAAGGUGGCACUGGCCAGAAACGUUUUGCCUGGACACAAAAUGAUAAAACCUCGCAACUCUUGGGAGUGGCCCUGCCUGUGGAUUUGCUAGGCAAGGCAAAGUCUCAUCUGGUACUGAUAUGCUGAUGCUUCAGACACAACCACUCCCUGCCUUGUACUUCCCAUUGAGUCACCAAGCAUUCCAGUUACUUCACAGUUAGCAGCUCUGAUUUUAAAUUCCUCUUGUUAGUUGGCAGACUAAAUUUAUUUCUGAAUAAAAACAGAGCCUGUUUCCUUGAACAGGGGUGAAACAUUGUAGGUGUGGAGUGGUACUAUCAGAGCCAUAGAAUCACAGAGUUGGACGAGAGCCUGAGGAUCAUCUCGUCCAACCUGAAUAUGCAGCUGUCCCAUACAGGGAUCACACCUGCAAUCUGUGGUGGCUUGGAAGGAGGACCUGUUGUAGUUCUAGACCUGGAAGCUAGCCAAGGGCCAAAUCCUGUGUUGGUGUAAUGACAGGAGCACCACUGAAGAUGGGUUCCCUGCAGCAAUCCUCAUUUUCCUCGCUUACACUGUGAAUCUUUACAUCCAUUCGCCAAGCUCUUAGCAGUUGAUGUGGAGAGGACACUGAGACCUGAAGUCAAGCGAAUGACUGCACAUUUGUGGGGUCCCAGUGCCAUAGGAUGGUCACACAGUGAACACUGCUUUUUGUUCAGUAACGAAUUCCUCACAGAUAGUGCCAUAGGAGAGAGCCAGAGAGUGGUUUCCAUAAUGUGUCACUGUUCCGCAAACGGUGGCUUUCAGUUGGGUGACAAAAGUUCAAGGCUAUGCCUUUUAGCUCUGUUUCCACAGCACGAUGGGAUUGUGUGGAAAGUACUUGUAAAUUUUGCUAUCAUGCACAAUUUUUAGCCUGCUGGCUAUUAUGUUUAUGGUCUAUGUGGUCUGGAACCUGCAUACCUUUGGGAUUUUCUUAUCUCUCGUACGUCUUUCUGCUUCUAAGACAAUCAGAGGAGGCCUUGUUGAGAGUGUGUCACAUGGAGAACACCCAAGGGGGGGGGCUAUUGUGAUGCAACGAAAUCUAGGAAUUCUUAGAUUAACCAUUGUUUGUUGUUACAUCCCAACCAGGAAACUGUGGUUACUAGGAUCACAACAAGUCAGGAUCUUAAACAAACUCCAAAUAGUUAGAGGGUUAGUCAGCCAAGAUAUGUGCACCUGAACCAAGCUAAUGAGUAUUGGCUUCCUCUUAUUGAGAGUGUGCUUCUUGAUGACUUUGGGAUCAAAAUGUGUGGGUCAUUCAAAUGUGUGAGACAGAGUGAGCACUUGAUACACGGUCUCAUUGAAGGGUCAAGAAUGUUUCUGCCCCCAGCUUUUGUUUUGUGUUUCUCAGCGCUGCAGAAAUGACUGCAGGCAAGUACUUGGUGUCUUGAGCAGGGCUGUAGCUAAGGGGUGGUGAGGUGGGCCCCCACCAGGGGUGCAGGCGAUGGGGGUCCCUCCACAAAAUCGGCUUAAAAAUAUGUCCAUAAAUAUAAAUGUUGAUUAUUGCCUCAUAAGAAAUGGUUUUAAAUAGAGGGUGAAUCGAAUGGAUGGGGGUUGGGGUUGGAGGAGAGGUGGAAAGAAGAGCUAAUUUGUCCGUGGCUAGGGGGUGCAAUCUGGACGGUUCUGCCAGGGGUGCGAGAUCACCUAGCUAUGGUUCUGGCGUUGAUAAAAAGAAGCUACUGGCAUUACUGAAGGAUAUUUUUCUGAUAGGCAGUGUAUAGCGGGGAAGAGUAUGAUCUAAAGGUCUGGUACAGAAGCUGCUACCUUGAAAGCAUAUGAUAUUAAAAUCAUAAUGAUAAUUCUUCAGAACUUUUACAUAUGAUCCCACUUAAGAUCUCUUAGUGAACUGUUUGCUCAUGAUUCCUCUCCAAAUCCUCACCUUCUCCAUCAGUGGCUUUUAAAUGUGGCUUAGCACUGGAUCUGCAAUGACACUAACCAUGGUUCAUGCUAAGCUGGGUUUGCAAACCCAGAUGUAACACCAAGCGUUUAAAUGGGUUAAGAGGCUAAUGCUAACCAAUAUUCCCCCUGGUUAGUGCAGAUGCAGAGUAACACUAAACAGUGGCUUAUAGGGGACAAAAAGAGGGAGAUCUGUGCCUUGAAGAAGAGGCAGAAAGCGGUGUCUGCUCCCUAUUUCAUAACCAGUGUUAGAGGUUGGUAACACCAAUUCUUUUCCUGGCCAUAGAGAUGGUGACCAGUUCUAGUAAGAUGCAAAAAAGUUGUCUAAAUGGAAACCACCUUUACAAAUUGUUUUGUUUCUUCAGGGGAAUGAGCAGUAGGCAGUGCAAACUAUUGAUCAGUUUGCAUAUAUUUACAUUUGCCCACUACCUAGCCUUUGAGGUUCAGUUUCAAACAAAUAUGGCGGGUUGGGUGGGAGAAGCCUUUUUAAAACCACACCACCACCACCAAAGUCGUCGAAUGUCUGCAAGAAGUGUUAACAUCUUGAUCUCCUGGUGGAGCUUUGCCAUUGCUUCCAGAGGAAACAAAAAGGCUAACGGCUUCCUUAAAAGACUGGCACAUUUAUUACAGCACGAGUUACUUCUGGAAAUUGGACUGAAGAUGGUGACCCAGAACUGCUCUGUCUCUGUCACGGCAACGUUCUCGUGAAACAGCUUCCUGAAGGGAGUCUGCCAAACAUUGUCUUUGGGGAUGCUUAUGAAAACAACCAGGGUGGGUUUUGUUUUGUUUUGUUUUGUUAUAGUUGUGCAUGCAAAACACUUCUUGAAAUUCUUUAGCCUUUUUAUUGCGGCCAGAGAAUUUGGGACGCUGUUACACUGAAUUUCAUCAGGGAGAAGCAGUUGAAUCCAACAGUUCCUCAGCAGUAUCAAUAGUACAGCUCCUUUUUUCCUUUUUUGGGGGGUGGGUGGGGAGCUGCUGCAGCAGCAAGUUUGGGCAAUGGGACCUCCAUUUUGCAUUCUUCAGCAGUAGCAAUGCACGGCAUCGUAGAGGAAAAAUAGGGGCUGUCACCAAAAAUGGUGGAGAAUAUUCAGCCAAAAAAUCUGCAAAGUGGACUUUUUCUGGAGUGAGGGGGUGGGAUCUCUCUUGUCUUCUGAGAAAUUUUUGGCUUGGAUCUAGUUCUUUGUAAUGGACUGACUCCCCCCCCGCCCAACUGUUUCAUGGAUAUUUUAUUUGAUUAUACAAUGGCUGUUUUUGAGAGCUCUUGUUUGAACAAUCUCCCGUAUAUAUAUUUUUUCCUUUUUCUUCAGGGUUUUAAGGAUCAAUAAUGAAUGUGCAAGCUUAGUUUAAAGAAGGUGGCCAGAUGGUCGCCUUAUUUAUUGGGAGAUGCUAGCAAAGGAAGGGACAGAGGAAGCUGGAUAUACUUCUGCCGGCUAUAAUGAAAAGAUACAAGAAUGAGGAAAUAGGAGAAUAGCUUCCACAAAGAAUGUCCUCCUCUUUCCCUCAGCAACCUCAAAAAACUGUGUUUAUACUUCAUUUCUUUCUGCUAUUUAUAAGCUUUCCUUUUCUGUCGAGCCUUCAGAGCGUCUGUCACAUUUGUAUCCUGUCCUUUGCGCUGGACAAUAGAAAAGGUACUAAAAAGACACAAACAACUAAAAUCCUCAAGUAAAAUCCCACACAAAGACACUGCUAAAUAGAAAUGUGGGUUUUCUGGAAGAGUUUGGAUCGCUUAAUGAAUCUGGAAGAAUUCUCAGUGCCCUAAAUCACUAGAAAUCUGAUUUAGCGCAUUCAAGUGACAUCACAUUUAAUAAAUAAAAUGUUUUUUAAUUAAAAAUUUGUAUAAAUUUCUGAAAUGAUUUUCAAGAAGGCAAAAGUAGCUGAAAUGAAUUCUAUGAUUGCAGGGGAGGAAAGUCAAUAAAGUGCAUACAGGCAGUGUUAGAAAUUAGCCAGGCGCAUUUUGCAACUAAUGUGGGUCCAGUUGCGACCACGUGGAGAUCUCUGGACGCCAGGUUAGCGCCUGGGGAAAACAAAAUGAGAAGGAUAGGACAUAUUUUCCUGAAGCUUGCUUCUGUUUUAUUCUGGAUUGGCUUGCUUGAUGUUUUGAUAUGUUGUAAACCACUUUGAGAUUUGUACUUUAAAAUAUAAAGCAGUAUGUAAAUGAAAAUAAUGAUGAUGGUGAUAAUAAACUCAAUUACGAAAAAAGGCCACACAAACGGCACCUAGACAUCCCAUUGUGGCGAUCACAACCUAGGUUUAAGGUGCCAUUUGGCAAUUAUAUUAUAUACAGUGGUACCUCAGGUUAUAUAUGCUUCAGAUUACAUACGCUUCAGGUUACGGACUCCACUAACCCAGAAAUAGUGCUUCAGGUUAAUAACUUUGCUUCCGUUUGAGAACAGAAAGCGUGCUUCAGCGGCAGCAGGAGGCCCCAUUAGCUAAAGUGGUCUUCAGGUUAAGAACAGUUUCUGGUUAAGAACGGACCUCCGGAACGAAUUAAGUACUUAACCUGAGAUACCACUGUAUAUGAGUUUCUAACUCUGGCUGCAGUCCUAAAGCUGGCUUAAGGGCAGGUGGAAAGCCAUAGAAUGCAGGUAUAGGGACCACCAGGCAGGAAAGUCCAUCAGUCAGAGAGCACUUACGCCACCAGAGGCCACCUCAAAACUCAGUUGGCAUAGGUAGGCUGCCACCAGUACAUUUUGCCAGUAGCAUGUGGGGUGGGGAGGCAGCCAAGGAUCUACAGGACCUUAAAGGUAAAGGGACCCCUGACCAUUAGGUCCAGUUGUGGCUGACUCUGGGGUUGCGGCGCUCAUCUCGCUCUAUAGGCCGAGGAAGCCGGCGUACAGCUUCCGGGUCAUGUGGCCAGCAUGACUAAGCUGCUUCUGGCGAACCAGAGCAGCACACGGAAACACCGUUUACCUUCCCGCCAGAGCGGUACCUAUUUAUCUACUUGCACUUUGAUGUGCUUUCGAACUGCUAGGUUGGCAGGAGCUGGGACCGAGCAACGGGAGCUCACCCUGUCGCAGGGAUUCGAACCGCUGACCUUCUGAUCAGCAAGUCCCAGGCUCUGUGGUUUAACCCACAGCGCCACACAGGACCUUAACUCGCUCCAUUUCCCCAGACAUCCCCAAAAGGAGUCCUCAAGCUACACCACCCCCAGAGGUGAUAUAGUGGAUCUCCUGUUUGCUGCAGUGGAAGGAGAAAGAAAUGCGGAAGGCAGAAAGAGAGGAGCAUCCAGCCUCCACUGUGGUUGCAGUGAGUGGGAAGGACAUUGAUAGCUCGGCCAUGGCUUUCACCUCCCCACCCACCAAACAACAAAAAAGAAUUGCUGUGGCUGUGGUGUUUAAAUCCUUAAACACAUUCAAACUUUACUUGAAAAUAUUUUUAUUGGAAUACUUGUAAAUAUUUCAAAUGACAUAUAAUAAUAAUAGUAGUAGUAGUAGUACAGUAAUAAUAAUAGUAAUAAUAAUAAAAAUUGUAGUAGUAGUAGCAUUACCCCACCCUUUUCUUUAACAUGACUUUUUAUAUAAUUUACAUAUAAAAUAGAGAAUUGCUAAAAACACAGUAACACACAUUUCUCUUACAUUGUUUAGAUUUUAAGACAAAAGAAGAAGAAAAGCUCUUAAAGCUAUCAGUGUAUUCAUUUUCACAUGCAUGAAGAACUGUACAUGUAAAUAUCUAUCUGCUUUCUGGGGAUGGUUAAGUACAGCUUGGCUUUCAGCUUUGACUAGUCACCAUUCCAGGUGCCCAGUUUAUUUGUACUGUGUUCAUCCACCAUGUUACUAAUUAAUUUUAUGAAACAACGCAUUUCUAAAAGUGGAAAAAUUAACACCAGCCGCCGCUGGUUGCAAGCAGCACUUUCCAGAUUUCUGGCAGAAGAAAUGUGCUUUUACUGGUUUCUGUAACUAUAGUGCCAUUGUCCACCGCUCUUUAGCUUACAAAAGGACCACUUGUGCUUGUUUUUUGCAUCAGGACAGACAAGAGGCCGAAGAUGGUUGGUAGCAGACUUGAAGUCAGCUGCUGUUCAGGUUUCUGUGUCUGGAGCAUGAGACUGGAAUCUUCUCCCCUUCCUUGAGUAGAGCCCGUUGCCUGACUCUUCCUUGCUUUUCUGUAAAAUCAGCCCUCCACCCUUCCUUUGCUCCCAGUUGAUCGUGAGCAGAAAUGUUGCGCCUGUCAAGUCAGAACUAGAAUGAGAAAAUUUCUUCUGUCGUCAUCGGCUGCAUCAAGUUUAACUAAAGUAAAGUCCUUUGGCUGUAACGAACUGCUUAAGGUUGCUUCGUGGUGGAACUGGUCCUGUCUUCCCAUCUGCCGUUUGAAAAACGCCUUAGCUGGGCAAACGUAAAUAAGAAAGCGUCUUGGUUUAUGUGCUUGGUGCUAGGGGAUCCUGAACUUUAGCCUUCUCUGUGGUAGCAUCAAUGACUGAUUGCCUUGCCGCAACAAUGCUCCUAGCUAUAAUCCCAAGCAUUCUCUGGGCAUUCUACUCAGUACAAUAGAGUUCAGACAGGUCACGGCUGAGACAUAGGCGAAUGAAAGGAACCUCUGGAGGGAAAAUGCACAAUGGGAAAAAAGGUUCCCAGCUAGCCUGACUUUCAACUGCUGCGCCUGCUGGUCACAUGAUGGACAACGUGAUGUAAUGGGUGGAGGGUUGGAUUUGGAACAGGCAGACCUGGGUUCAAGCCUUUGUUUUGACCUUGAUGCUCUCUGGGAGGUCCAGGGGCAAUUCACUAUUCUUCAGCCUAAUCUCUCUCACAGGUAAUUGUGAGAAAAAAAUAGCACAGUCCGCAACCUCCUUGGAGAAAGUAUGUAAAAGUGAUGGAUAAUUUAGAGUACAGUGGUACCUCGAGUUAAGUACUUAAUUCGUUCCAGAGGUCCGUUCUUAACCUGAAACUGUUCUUAACCUGAAGCACCACUUUAGCUAAUGGGACCUCCUGCUGCUGCCGCGCCACCGGAACAUGAUUUCUGUUCUCAUCCUGAAGCAAAGUUCUUAACCUGAAGCACUAUUUCUGGGUUAGCAGAGUCUGUAACCUGAAGCAUAUGUAACCUGAAGCAUACCGGUAUGUAACCUGAGGUAGCACUGUAGUAGUGUGUGCAUCUGUUUUUGGUUUUCAUUACUGGAAACUGCCCCCAGGGUAUAGGUUUUUUAAAUGAAGAAUUUCAGAAUUGGAAGGGACUCUGAGGGUCAUCUAGCCAACCCUCUGCAAUGCAGGAAUCUUGACACAUGGUCCCCCGUCCAAUUUGAAACCAUCCCAGACCCUGCUUAGCUUUGCAAGCGUGACAGCAGCUUUUGAGUGCUGCACCACUAGAAGCCAUUCAGGAUCAGAAACACACAGACUGUUUGUUGUAGUGGAAUCUCUUAUGGGUUGCUGUUGCAUGAGCAUAGAAUUGUAGAGUUGGAAGGGAACCUAAGGGUCAUCUAGUCCAACCCCCUGUUGGGGAAGACUGGUUUAAGAGUCAGGACUGGGCUGACUAUGCAGAAAGCUGAACUGCUUCGGGCAGCAGAUUUGGGGCAUCUUUCAGAACUGGAAGAUUAUUUUUUUACUCGUACAAAAACCAAACGAAAGUGAGCUUGCUGAUGCCCCACCACAGUAUUGCAGCUGUUCUGCUUUGUUCCUCUUUUUCUUCUUCCUUCUCUCUAACUCAAAACUAAAUAUGAGGUGUGGACUUCUCUGGGCUGCCUCUCCUUCCACUUCAGUUGGAGGGGACCCAAGGUGUGCGCUCGUGGCUAUUGGGCAUGGAAGGGUGAUGGUGCAGGAUGUCUUCUGGCCAGCUCUGUCUGCUCACCUGCAAGACUGUGUGGCUGAUGAGGAACAGCUGUCAUAGCAACAACACAAGGAGGAGGUAGGGCUCAGGGGACCAAUUCUGGUUUUGCAAUGUAGGGUUGGGGACACAGGAAAAAAGUGUGUGUUGUGGGGAUAUGUGGUGUGGUUAUAUGCAGAAAGUAAGUACCACUGAGUUCAGCAGGACUUACUAGCAGGUUAGCAUGCAUAGGACUGUGGCUUUAUGAAGUAGAAGGAAGGAAGGGUUAGAUGAAGAUGCAAAUAUGUGUUUUGGUCUUUCCAGUGUGUGUGGGGUGUGUGUGUGUGUGUGUGUGUUUGCUUUUGAGCAGCAAAAUGUCUUGCCACAGCCACAGCAUUAAACCCUAUGAUAUGUUACGGUGUGAAGUGGGUGCUAAAACUCAUAAUGAGAUUUUUGCAGGUCUGCAUAGUAACAUCUAGGCCCUUAGCAAAGUGGGCAGUAUCAUUCUAGGCCACUGAAACCGUGUCAGAAUCAAACCUCCCUUUCCGCCACAUCUGUUAUCCCAGGCUUAGUUUCGCUUCCUCUCUCAACAGGUGUGGCAUCUCCUGGUUAAGCCAGAGGCUGCUUUAUUUAUGCCUCAGAUGAGUGGCUGCAUCUUUGAAGUUUUGAAGGGUUUUUUGUUUGUUUUUUGUUUUGUUCUGAGCACAUUCUUGCCGUGUCAUUUCGGGGGUAACUUUUGUAAGGUCUUUCAAAGGGCUCCCAAGAGCUGCCAAACAAUUCAUUAUUAUUUUUUAGAUGAGGCCUGCGACAUAAAAGCGUUUUGAGAGAAGUUGUCUACAUUCUCAGUGAAGGAGUCAUCUCACAAUGGGUGAAACUUUCUCAUGACCCCCAUCCUAGUUGAGAGAAAAAGAGAGAGAGAGUGUGUGUGUUUGUUGGAAAGCCUUUUUUUCUAAAUAACACAGUGAAGAACAGUAACUUUUCAUACAUCUUGAAUUCUUUUCUGCAUUUUUGGCCGAAAAUUGCAGUAUGCACGUCGUCACUGCUCUUCAGUUCCAAUGUAGGUUCCUACACACUAUUGAAGUUUCUCUAAAGUGUGUCUUGUUUUCUGAGACUAGCUCAGAUGUAAGUUGGAAUAAAGGCAUCUAGAAACCCUAAGCUGCCUCGCUGGCCAGUAAAUUACUUCCAAUCUUUGUCAGUCAUAUGCAAAGCAGGGUCUUUUCAUAGGCAUUUUUAUUAUUAUUAAUGAAGCUUUAGAGGUGGCUGGGGAGUGAAUUCUUGAGAAACAUAGUGUGAUCCAUCCAGAGGGGAAGGGAGAAACUGCCACACUGAAAAAAUAUGGGCUUGGUAAGAAAGAAGUGUCCCUUUUAUGAAUGUCACCCACCCACGCAACUAGACCAGCGUGCGAGUUGGAAUUGGCAUUUGGAAUGUACAUUCAUGGAACAAAUAGACGAAACAAAUGGUUGCUUUUGAAACGCUACUAAACGCCACCAGCAUGCAUGGUAAUAUGCAAACAAUAAUGAGUUAUGUGCAUGCAAAGUAAGUCUUUAUUCGAAAGGACGCUGAAUAGUCUGUUGGUUUCUGGAAAUCUGGAAUGUAGCUGGGGAAGCACGACACAAACAAGCUAAAGGUUGGAGGGUGAUUACAGAUCUCCCCCCUUUUUUCUUUUUUACCAAAUUGCCAAACUUCAGUGUGCAUUCCACCACAUGGUAAGUUGUUCACCCGCAUUACCCUGCCAAGUGGUGAUGGUGGUGGUUUUUAAAAAAACAGUGAGAUGCUAAUGUCCUGACAAUCCGGAAGAUUUGCUCUUUUCCUGCCUAAAUGAAUCCGGUUCAUCCACUCCCCAGCCCCUAGCCAAAAUGCUUAGAACAAAUUUCCAACAACUUAUUUUUCUUUUUUGGGGGUAAACUCUAGCUUAUGGGUAGGCAAACUAAGGCCCGGGGGCCGGAUCCGGCCCAUUUGCCUGCUAAAUCCAGCCCAUGGACAGUCCGGGAAUCAGCAUGUUUUUACAUGAGUAGAAUGUGUGCUUUUAUUUAAAAUGUAUCUCUGGGUUAUUUGUGGGGCAUAGGAAUUCAUUCAUUCCCCCCCCCAUUAAUAGUCCCCCCCCAAGGUCUGAGGGACAGUGGACCGGCCCCCUGCUGAAAAAGUUUGCUGACCCCUGCAAGUCAAGCUGCUUUUGAAAAGGGGCGAAUGUGAACAGAGAAGUGGUUUAGAGGGGUUGCUUAAGCAUUUCCUGGCAAGCUUAGUUUUCAACUUCAAAUGGUGCCCCACCCCUCCAACUAUUUGUCCUCCUUCCAGGAUCUAAACUCUUGUAGUCUCCCAAACAUGUGUCUGAAGCCUCUUGGGCUGUGUUAGGAAUCAGCUUGGGGAGCAAAAUUUGGGUAGGCCAAACAACAACCAGGAAAUGGAUUUUAAGCACACACACCCCAUCACUUCUCCCCUCAAAUCUGCCAUGUCCAAAACUGCUUUUGUUUGCAAAAAGUUGUAGGUAGUGCUUUGUAAGUUAGCACAUGUGUGUGCAAUUUUUUGUGCAAACAAAUAUAUCUCUUAGUUCAGGAAGGCAGGAGUGGGGGAUGGUGAGAAACAACACUGAUUUCCGAAGUCCUCCUGUUAGGAAUACAGAUUCACCCUAGUGUAAACGUUUUAACUGUUUGAGAUCCAACAAGGAAGUUUGGGUCGGUUCAGGAUAUGAAAACCCCUAAGGGGCUGUGUCAGGAAAAAGGCCAUACCAGGCAAGCAAGACAAAGCUUAUUAAAAGGGUCUGAUAGUAGGAAGAAGGCACAUCAAGUAGAAUAAGAAAGUUAACAGGCAUACACAAGGUAAGGCUAAGCUAGAGUGGCCUGGACGUUAGCUGCUAUAACCUACUAAGCAGCCUCUUCCAUAUACUGGGGCCUCACAAGAAUACUCAAAUAAUCACAGCUCCACUUGCUUUUCAAUGCAUUGAAACGGGGCAAAGGAGCCUAAAUGGCUCGCCAACUCCCAGAAAAGCUUAUCUUAACUCAGUAAUCCUUUGGAGCAGGGUUCAUGGCAUCCAUGAAAGCUUUGCAGCAAGGCCAGUGGGCAGAUGCCCCAGACUCUGAGAUUUCAGUUGUGGUUUUUUGUUUUGUUUUUAAAGUAAGUUUCUGGCCCUCCUAGGGGAAAAUAAGACAUUAUGGGGCAAAAUGUGCUGUUAACUUCUAAUCUAAACAAGUUCUGUGAAAUGAGGGUGGUGUGGCUGCCUUGUACAUUUUUACUGGUAAUAAGAAUUGUUCCUUGUUACUAGACAGUAACAGCACCAGUGUCUGUCUGUGUGAAAUCUCCAUAACUAGGACCAGCAAGACCCAACUGAUUUCCCAUGGUAAUCAUAAGGUCGUUGGGGGUGGUUGUCUCUCUAAUGUUGUGUUAUGCCACUCUCCCCAUGGCAGCCAUUUUGGUUAUGCCACAUACCCUGAACUCAGCCAGCUUGGGACUGACGCUUCCGACACUCCCUAAAUAUUAAAAUUGUGCCCACUGGUCCAAAAAAGGUUGGCAACCCCUGCCUUGGAGUGCACUUUCCACACUUGGCAUCUGAUUCCUUCUGACGUUGUGCUUUUGUAAAGCAGUUCCUCAGUAGGGGAGGCACUGUAGUGUCUGAGUUACAGGAAGACCGUAUUCUUCAACUGUGUCCUGCAAAUCUCUCGGAAAAAGGAACUGCCUUGGGGCAAGAAGAGUUGCACUUUACAUUUUACACAAGCCUACAUAGGGUAUAGAUUUGGAUUCUUUUAAAAGCAGGAUUUAGAGCCCAUAAUUAUUGUUGUUGAUGUUUUGGCUGACAUGCAGCUUGCCCAGUUUCCCUGUUUUUAAUGUUAGCUUCCUUUUCUGCCUUUGUGGGUUGGGUGCUGGGUGGAGAAUGUUGGAACAUGACAUAGGUCCUGUUUGAAAUACGGGUUUGGUAAACAUAGUGUACGUGUCGGGUACAGCGGACAAGUCAUGCAUCACAUUUUCUGCAAUUUUGCUAAAGUGUGCAUUUUUUGUUCUUCAGAAUAAAUCCAUUAAACCGUUCAAGAUACCAAAAAAAGAAAUUGGGGGGGGGGGACGACAUAAAUUAUGUCCCUGUAAAGCCCUAGCAGCUGAACAUUAUGAUGUGAUGUUCCUCAGAUCUAGUUCUUGUCCCACCUUCUCCAAUUCUUUUUCCUCCUUGCACACACCCACAUCUUACCUUCCAAAGGUCUGCCAACACAUCUCCUACCUUAGAGAUUGUGAAAAAGUAGCCCAUUCAUGGCCAGAUAGCUAAUCUGCUAGAAGAAUCCUUCACUGCUUUUACUCCGUAACUUUUGAACUCCCUUCUAUAGGAUGGGAAUUAAGACGGAAAGAAAAGGAUUUGUCCGAGGCUAGAUAUUGAGUCUAUGGCUGACCAGUGAUAUGUCCAGAAGGACUCUUGUGCCAUAGAUAGUUGUGUGGAAGGGAGCGUUUUGGCAGGUGCCAAACAGUAUGAAAGGCAGUAUUGCUUAAGGGUUCUGCUUUUAAAAUAUGAAUACAGUGGUACCUCAGGUUAAGUACUUAAUUUGUUCCGGAGGUCCGUUCUUAGCAUGAAACUGUUCUUAACCUGAAGCACCACUUUAGCUAAUGGGGCCUCCUGCUGCCGCCGCGCCGCCCAAGCACAAUUUGAGGCGAGUGGCUGAUAGCACAGAUGCCUUCAGAGGACAUAGCAAUCCAUCACUCGAGUGUUGUUUCCACUUGGCAGCCAAGGGCAUUUCUAGAAUAUGUAAAAGGUUUGUUCUGAUUUUGGCCUGGCUUUUGUUGCUUCAGCAGUUGAGAAACUAAGGGCAGGGGAUAAUUUCUGUUUAUUAACCCCGGUGCAGAAAUUCUUGGUCACCUAAUGAGCUAGGAUUCAUUCCAUUUACAUUUAAACUAGGCUGAUGGAGAAAACUUUGUUUAUGGUCCUCCAGUGUCCAUCACUGGACACAAGAAACUGGAAAAGAACACAGUAGUAGGAGAAAUUGCAGUUGUUUGAAUUUAUUGCAGAAACCAAAUUUCUUGCAGAAACCUUUGUUGGCGGAACGGUUGCUGACAAUGUGAAUGGGUCAGCAGGGAAACUUGGUAGCACCUGAUGGAUAAGUAGAAAGGGGCUGUGUGUGUGUCCUCUGAAUGGAAGAUGGAUUCUAGAAGGAAUGGGAGGAAUUAAUUGAUGUGGAUCUGAUAGAAAGAAAGCACAUAAAGCCUGAAUUUUUGAAGAUGAGAGCUAGUGUGAAACCAUAACACUAGAGUCGGACAAGGACUAGGGAGAUAUAGAGUUGAAGCCCCACUUAGAUGAACAGCUCACUGGGUGAAGGGAUAAUUCAUUAUCUCUUGGCCCAACCUACCUUGCUGUGAGGAUAAAAUGCAGGAGCGGAGGAACCACAUAUGCCACCUUUGGUGGUAACUUUUAAAAUGCUGGUAGAAUACCAGGUUCCACACCAAGGAUGUCGAUCAAUUCAGGGCUGUUCAAAUGAUUAGUUUCGUGCUGAUGUUCAGAGAAUCUGUAAUGAGCAGAGAAUAUCGGAACAGAUUUUCGCACUGUCUUAAUACUAUUCCUCUUGUCUUUUGCCAUUAUCCUUUUCUGCUGUUGCUGAAAGUGUCAACUCUGCCUACCUCAUUCAGGGCAGAGGAAAGGAAGACUUCUGUCUCUGGUUUUGAGGCUCUCACUGCUGAUCUGUUCAGCGUUACAGUUGCAGUAGUGUAAACAAAUCUGAGUCUGGAGUGGGUUGGAGAGGCUGUGCUAGCCGUUUGUCUUUUUACAUGAUGAAAGUACUAUGAGGCAAUUGGCUGACUAAUCUUCAAACUUUGAAGAGAGUUGAAAGUCUUUUCCUUGACUAUUUUUACAGCCUGGAAGCUACAGCAUUUUGAGUUUAGUGAAGAAAGUAAGUUAAGCUGUGUUAUUUGAGACAGAGCCAAGGCCAUGCAGGAUACCGUAUUUUUUGCUCCAUAACACUCACUUUUUUCCUCCUAGAAAGUAAGGGGAAAUGUCUGUGCGUGUUACGGAGCGAAUGCCCACGGAUGGUGGGGGGAUCUGCUGCAGUCGUGAGCAGUGGAUCCAUGGUUCCCCUUCCUUCCCUCCUCUGUGGCUCGCUUUGCUCGCUUUGAAACAGUGGGGAGAAGAGAGGGACAGAGAGCCUGGUUACAAAGCACGGAUCCACAUGGAUCCUCAGGAUUUUUGCACUGGGUCACCCCAAAUUCACCAUCAGAUCACAUAGCAUGUCCAUGGCUACAGCUUGCACCAAAAAAAUCACGCACCCACUGUUGCCUGGGGCCGCAGUGGUGCAAAAACAUGGUUACAAAGCAUGGAUCCACAUGGAUGCUCAGGAGUUUUGCAUUGGGCUACCCCAAACUCACCGUCAGAUCACAUGUCUGUGGCCACAGCAUGAACCACAAAAAUCAUACAUCCACUGUUUCAUUUAGAAUUUUUUUUUUCCUCCUCUAAAAACUAUGUGCGUGUUAUGGUCGGGUGCAUGUUAUAGAGCGAAAAAUACGGUAGUUAUUCGCAGGCGUGGAAAGGAGAACAUGAUUCUCAGGGCUGGUUCACAAAUGCAUGCUCAUCAUUUGUUGAAUACAGUAUUGGGUUGUUUUUACAUGUCUUUGUCUACAGGUGUAUUGUGAUACUUGUUUAUACCUGAAUAAAACCUUUUGGGGAUCAUUGCGCUGAAGUCAAGGUUCAUUGCAGUAUUUUUAUUUUUUAUUUUUUUGCAGAGAUGGGAAAUAAGCAGUGAGACAGAAAGCCAGAGCUGAAAGCAGUAGUGAAGGAAUCCCUGAUCUAUGGGCUUACUUAGCCCCACUCCCAGUCCAUAUUGUGAUAUUGGUUUCAUAAUUUUUGACCUGGCAAUAUAUCACGAAUCAUGGUGUGUGUGUGUGUGUGUGUGUGUGUGUGUGCCAUGCAAAAAUCACAAUAUGGGGGAAACCGUGAAGCCAGCCAAUACUCUCUUGAUUCCUGCAGCCCCUGUUCAUUCUGCUGGCUCAGCUCUCUCCUGCUUCAUGCAGGGGGCAGUGAAUCACAAGAGCAGGCGCCGACAAAAACCACGCAGUGCCUCUACAUAGUUCCAUCCUUAUUCCACACAUGGUUAUAUAUCAGCAUAUCACAAUGUUUAGCUGGUGAUAUAUCACAAUGUUGAAAACCAGAUAUCACCCAGCAUGGGAGGUUGAUAGGUGCUAGGCAGACUUGCAGAGAACUGAUCGUAGAUAGUGUUGAGUCAGUGGUCGUGGUGCAUGUUGGCACCAGUAAUAAGGGGAAAUGUAGUUGUGAGGUCCUGGAAGCCAAAUUUUGGUUGCUUGGCAAGAUGCUGAAAGCCAGGAACUCAAAGGUAGUGUUCUCUGAAAAGCUACCAGUUGCACUUUCAGGGGUGGCUAGGCAGCCUCAUCUUUGUGGUCUCAGUGCAUGGAUGAGAUGUUGGUUUGGAUUUGUUGAAAAGAAACAACGUACUAAAAUGUUGCCACAGUCAAUUUCUUUUGGGCUUUACAACUUAUCGCAUGGACUUCCUGCUGAACUGAAAUUUGUGAAUGCACAAUAAAGUGUUAUGUAAACAUAAUUGUUGCUUUGGAAGCCUUUAUUUGUGUAUGCCAAUGAACUGCUAUGUUGCUCACACAUACUUUGCAGCAAACUUUCCCCCCAAUUUCUAAUAAAUGUUAGCUCAGGUUUGGCCCUCUCCCGUAAAACAUUAGCUGCUUAUGCGUAUUAUUACAGAUGGGGGAGUAGAAUUGUCCAAGUUGCAGAUAAAUUCUUGAGGUUGACAAACUGUUAUGUUGGCCACACCUUUUAAAACACAAUUAAAAGGAAGCAUAUAAACUAUCUGUGGCCUACUUCUUGAUUAUUUAUGUAGGGAAGAUCCCAAAUAACACCCAAAUUAAAAAAAAGGUAAAGGACCCCUGACAUUUAAGUCCAGUUGCAGACAACUUUGGGGUUGCGGCGCUCAUCUCGCUUUACAGGCCGAGGGAGCCGGCGUUUGUCCACAGUUUUUCCGGGUCAUGUAGCCAGCAGGACUAAGCCGCUUCUGGGAAAACCAGAGCAGCGCACGGAAAUGCCAGUUACCUUCCUGCCGGAGCAGUACCUUUUAAUCUACUUGCACUUUUUGACGUGCUUUCGAACUGCUAGGUGGGCAGGAGCUGGGACCGAACAACGGGAGCUCACCCUGUCGUGGGGAUUCGAACUGCCGACCUUCUGAUCAGCAAGCCCAAGAGGCUCAGUGGUUAUACUAGCUAACAAAAAAAGAUUACAUGCCCAAAUGCCGUGUGAGUCAAUAUGGAAUUACGCUACUUAACCAAUGAUUAUGGACUAUUGGUGUGGCUUGGGUAUGUUGAAUGCCACUGCGUUUCUCCUUCUUACUGAUCUUUCUUUUCUUUUUUUCUGGUUCUACGUAGUCACAGCUCUAUAA